CUUCUCCUACUCCCAACCAUCUCCCCGUUUGACCGCCUUCUUCUCGUUCAUGGCCUUGCUCUUCGUUCCGUCUCCUACGACCUCGCCAAACCCUAGAAACUCUCGAUCGGAAACCUAGAUUUGCACUAGAGAUCGGCGGAUCCAGGGGCGGCGGAGGAUGGCGGGGGUUUCGAUUGGCCUCCUCCUUCCGUCUUGGUGGGAGAUCGAGGUCACUGUGUCCGCGGCGCUCUUCGUUAUCGCUGUGUACUCCUUGUUCGAGAAGUUUUACUCCUGUGGAUGCGCGGAGGAUGGCCGGAAGAAAGGUGCGGAGGAGGCGGCGCUGGCGAGUGAGCCCCUUCUUCGUGAUUCUGAUGAGAAAGAAAAGAUGAGCCAUGUAAAAGGAGAUUCUCAAGGCACUUCUUCAUAUUUGAUCAAGUUGGAAUUGUUGGCUGCCAAGAAUCUAAUUGGUGCAAACUUGAAUGGCACAUCUGAUCCAUAUGCUAUUAUCACUUGUGGUGAACAGAAAAAAUUUAGUUCCAUGGUUCCUGGUUCAAGAAAUCCAAUGUGGGAGAGGGUUCAAUUUUUGUUGAUGCGCUUCCUGUCCAGGGUUUUCUGUGCUUUCAGUUUUCCCAACAUUAACGUUUUCAUUUGCACAAGCUUCUUUGGUUAA